UCAAAGAUGGGCACAAUGCAUUUAGAUGACAGCUUCCAGUUUCUAGUUGAUCAAGAUGAAGUCAAUUUCAAAGUUGUACAGCAGUUGAACUCUGUCUUUGGAAAUGACUUAAAGUGUCUAGAAAAGGCAUGUGGCUUGGUCAAAGAACUGACCAGGACGAAAGAGGAGCUGGAGAGAAGGUUGCGCUUUGCAACAACUGAAGCACCGGACAAAAUCACAAAGGCUGUGAAAGCUGCUGAUGAAGCACUGAAGAAGAAGGAGUUGAUGAUAAAGGAAUGUGAUCAACUGAAAUUAGAGGUUGCAGAGCAUAAUAAAAAAGUUGGGAAACUUUUAGAAGAAAUAGGACCAGGAGUUCGCAAAGUACGAGAGCUGGAACGCGUUCAGGUGUACCAGCAGUUUGUAAAUGCCGUAGACGAACAAAGCAAAGAGAUAGAAACCUCAUUACAUAUAGGGGCGGAAGGUCAGGCUCUGCUUGGUUAUAGUCGACUAAGAGAAAAAGCCAAGCUGAUUCAAGAAUCCACUUGCUCGAAUCUUGUUGCUUUUGUCACCAACACCCUCCUCCACUGGCAUCAAGUUUUCACUCAGAGGUUUACAAGUGAAUUUGAGGAUGUAUUGAAGGUAAUCAAAUGGCCUUUUACAAGUUCCAAUUCUACUGUGCACCAGACUCCAGCCUCACCAGAGUCCAUUCAGAGACUUUGCACACUGACUCAGUAUCUUCUGCAAAUUACUCUCCCAGAAGAUAUAGCUAAAGAAAAUGCCAGGCAGCGUGACUUGUCCAUUAUGUCACCUGCUGUGGUAGCAGAUUUUGAACCUCCUUUGUUGCCUAUACAGCUCCUUGUGAGACCACUGGAGGUUCGCUUUUUCUACCACUUCAGUGGAAACAAAGUCACAAACAGUAGAGAAAAUCCUGAAUGGUAUUUUACACAAGUUCUGAAGUGGAUUUCUGCCCAUGAGAGCUUUCUAAACACAAGAAUUCAGCAAGUUCUCAAUAGAUAUGGAUAUCAGAAUACUUCUGCUAAGGUGGAGUUCAUGAGGGGCCUGGUGCGCCUUUUGGUCCUGAAGUUGGCCUCUGAUCUUCCUGAAAUUCAGUAUGAUGAUGAUCUCUUCUGUAGCACUGUCCAGGAGACUCUCAACUUCGAACGGGAAAUAAGUGUGACUUAUUAUUAUCCUGCUUCCCAGCCGUCUGUUCUGUCAGUACUCACACAGGCCCAAAACUUUGCUCGUUGGAUACACAUUGAGAGGAAGUUGCUACAGAAGCGAUCAUCAUCAUACUGA